CAAAAUGUAGUUUAUCAAAAAAAGAAUAGUCAAUAAAUAUAUAGAAACAGCAUGGUGUAUCGAUCGAGUCCAGUCACUCCUUCAAGUGUCUAUAUAUACAAUCUCUCUUUUUAUCUCUGUGUCUCCGUUUGAAAUCAUUCAACAAUGUCAGGACUUAGAUUGGAAGGCAAGAUCGCAAUUAUAACAGGUGGAGCUAGCGGUAUUGGAGCCAAAGCGGUUAGGCUGUUCACGGACCACGGAGCUAAGGUGGUCAUCGUUGACUUACAAGAAGAGCUUGGUCAAAAAGUAGCCGCUUCUAUCGGGGAUGAGAGAGCUACUUUUUACCGUUGCGAUAUCACAAACGAAACGGAGGUGGAGAACGCCGUUAAGUUCACCGUCGAGAAACACGGAAAGCUAGACGUUCUUUUCAGUAACGCCGGCGUUAUGGAACAGCACGGAAGCUUUCUUGACUUGGACCUCGAGCUGUUUGACCGAACCAUGGCGGUCAACGUUCGUGGUGCGGCUGCGUUUAUGAAACACGCGGCACGUGCCAUGGUGGAGAAGGGAACGCGUGGGUCUAUCGUAUGUACGACGAGCGUCUCUUCGGAGAUCAGUGGUGUGGGACCUCAUGCGUACACGGCGUCGAAGCAUGCACUUCUCGGGCUUAUGAGAUCUGCUUGUGGCGGGCUGGGAAAGUACGGGAUUAGAGUCAACGGUGUUGCACCGUAUGGGGUGGCCACGGCGCUCAACAGCCGUGACGAGGAAACGGCGAAGAUGGUGGAGGACUAUUGCGCCGCGACGGCAAUUCUUAAGGGGGUUGUACUUAAGGCACGCCACGUGGCAGAGGCGGCUUUGUUUCUGGCUUCUGAUGAUUCUGCUUACGUUAGCGGCCAAAACCUGGCUGUCGACGGUGGUUAUAGCGUCGUCAAGCCCAUGUGAAAGAAAUAAAUUGGCUGUUGAUUUGACGUUUUUUUCUUUUCAUUUUAAUGUUAUUAAUUGGUAUUGGCGAAUAAUUCCAUAUUAUUCAGCUUUUCACCAAAGCUUCAUAAAAUAAAAUAAAUAAAAUAAAUAAAAAGAUGAAGACAAGUUAAACGUUUA